GGCUCUGUUGAACGAAUUACCAAAAAGAGGGAAAGGCGGUUUGUCUUAGGUGGGAAUAAUAAGAAAACCAGUGUAGCAGCCCACUGGAAAAUAGGAGAAUGGUUCAAGAAACGCUCUUUGGAAUGGAUGCAACGGGCUUUUUAAGUUCAUCUCUGUAAGGAGAAGCAGCUUUCACAUUGCCGGCUAGUAAAGAAUUUGAAUGAUCAAAUAAUGAGGAGAUUUGUGACAAGCACAGUAAGGAGAUACAGCACGAGGAACUUUACUUGGUGGGAUCAUGUCCGUCCUGCUCCUAAGGAUCCCAUUAUGGGUGUCACUGAAGCUUUUAAUGCUGACUCUUCUCCCAACAAGAUCAAUCUUGGCGUGGGAGCUUACAGGGAUGAUGAGGGAAGGCCUGUUGUACUUCAAUGUGUUAGGGAAGCAGGGGCCAGGAUUGUGGGUAGUCAGUUCUUGGAGUCAAAUUCUGCUGCAGUUAGUUCUAAAAUGGUUGAAGAAUGUGUAAAAUUGGUUUAUGGGAAGGAUUCAGAUGUUGUUAAUGAAGGGAGGUUUGCUGGAGUUCAAGCUCUAUCUGGCACUGGUGCUUGCCGCCUCUUUGCCGAGUUCCAAAGGCGUUUCCAUCCAGAAUCACGCAUUUAUCUGCCUGAUCCGACUUGGUCCAACCACCACAACAUCUGGAGGGAUGCCCAAGUUCCAUCAAAAAAAUAUCACUACUACAAUUUUGAUUCCAAGAGUUUAAACUUUUCAAUGCUUAUAGAUGAUGUUAAGAAUGCACCAGAUGGUUCUUUUUUCUUGUUCCAUCCUUGUGCCCACAACCCAACCGGGAUGGAUCCUACUGAGGAACAGUGGAAAGAAAUCUCAUAUCAAUGCAAGGUGAAGAAUCAUUUUCCCUUCUUUGACAUGGCUUAUCAAGGUUUUGCCAGUGGGGAUCCUGAGAAGGAUGCCCGGGCGAUCAGGAUUUUUCUUGAAGAUGAACAUUUAACAGGAUGUGCUCAGUCUUUUGCAAAGAACAUGGGAUUGUAUGGGCACCGAGUUGGUUGUCUCAGCAUUCUUUGCACUGAUUCAAAGCAAGGAGCUGCAGUUAGAGGCCAAUUGCAGCAGAUUGCCAGGGCAAUGUAUGGCAGCCCUCCUGUUCAUGGUGUAUUACUGGUCUCAGCAAUCCUGAGUAAUCCAGAUAUGAAGUCACUUUGGAUAGAAGAGGUGAAGAUGAUGGUAAAUCGCAUACAAAAAAUGCGAAUGACCCUUCAGGAAAGUCUUGAAAAUUUGGAUUCUCCUCUCAAUUGGGAACAUAUAACUAACCAGGUUGGCUUAUUUUUCUUCUCCUGCUUGACACCGAAAGAGGUUGAGCAGCUGGCACGGGAAUUCCAUAUAUUCAUGACUCAUGAUGGUCGUAUAAGCAUGGGUGGUGUGACUACAGGCAAUGUCAAUUAUCUAGCAAAUGCCAUACAUGAUGUCACCAGAUCUGGUAAAGAGGAAACCAAGAUUCUUUGCAACGUUGGUGUAUAGCAUAGCAACCCAUUUUUUAUCUGAUGCCAAAGUUUUCGAUGUAUUUAUAUUAGUCCCAUGCACACAUAGCGGAAAUUCAAUCUCUUAACAUGCUCAAGAACAUUGUACAUAGCUUUAGUGAUUUCAUAAAUGAAAAUUUAUUGUUUGGAUAAGAAGGAAGUAAUGAAAAAUCCAAAGUUUCUUUCAA